UGACGGUCUGUCACAUUUCACGCUGACACCAAGCGAACACUGGGCUCGUACACUCACAUUCACAUUCGCUCACCCACGGGGCGCACAAUAUUAUCGACAGAUAGGAGCACAGUCGAGGAGAGCACGUUGAGGCAAUCUCUAAAAUCCGCUUCUAAGAGAGGAAACGAGAGGAAAACCAUUGAGGGAAGAAAGAAAAAAGAAGAAGAAAAAAAAGGCAACAGAGGAAAUCCCCCGAAAGGAAAUGCCAGUCGCAGCCGCUGGACAGCCAACGACUCAAGAGCCCAGAGUUUGCCCCCGGCUGCCCUCCACCCCGGAGCCUGUCCCUAAAGGGGCUGAUUUAUUCGACGAGGCGGGGGCGGCGGAGUCGGCGGAGCGUACAGAGUACGGGGGCGCGGAGGGGGGCUAUAGUUUCAGCCAGAGCGGCGCGAGGGGCUUUGUACAGCCCGGAUCUACCAACGGCUCUCCACCGCAGUCCCCAGCCGCGUCCUCCUCUUUUCUCUUCCACCCCCUUCACUCACACCAAAUGGCCAUGGAACCUCCAAGGACUCGUUCGCGUUCUCGGUCUGGAUAUUACCAGCAGUAUGGAGUUGGGAAUAGCAAUGUAAUUACCGGCAGCGGAGUUACGGUGUCUAAUAACCACCAGCAGCAGCACCAGCUACAUCCUCAGCAGCAGCACGGUGCCGGUUGCGCACCUUUUGGAGCUCACAGCAGCCACUCGGAGAACCAGCAGCGAGCCCCAGGAAACAUCACCUCUCCCGGUAUUCAGAGGCUAUCAUCUGUUCCCGGAGUGCACCGCAUCCCGGUGGCAGGAGCUUCUGGUGUAUCCUACCACUGCCACCCAGACCAUGCUUAUGGAGAGGAAAGUGAUAAGAGCGAGGAAAGCCCCAGUCCAAAGCGCCAGAGGCUGUCCAGUCAGUCCGUCUUAGAACAGCUAACCACAUCUGCUCCCCCACCGUCCACCCCUUCGCCCCCUAUCCGCCCCUGGGAGUCAGGACCCCAAAGUCGGAGACAGCCUCACCCCCAUACACACUACCACCAGGAGAGAUGUGUCACUCCUGUGCGCCACAGACGCAGCCCCCCUACAAGGCGUCAGCGUGGCCGUCUCUCCAGACCCUCCCGUCACCUGCCUCCUCAUCAUAACCCUACCACCCAAGGCCCUAUGCCUCGCCUGUCACCGUCUGAGCACCAGGAUGAAAACUACCACCACAACCCUCUUACCUCCACACAUCAAACAUACCCAACUCACACUCCAAGUACCUACGGUCAACCUCCAACAUCUGUUGGUGGAGGGUCAGGUUCAGAAGAGCCCCGAGCUUUCCACCCUCCCACUUUGUCACCACGACUACUGCACCCGGCCCCUCACCAGCACCCCCAUCAUAAUCAACAACACCAUCAUGCAGCACAGCAACAGCAAGGAGCCAUAGUCAUGGAUUUACAUGAACGGCUGCAACAGGGCAGUGUACCAGUCUCCUAUACCAUGACCCCGGUCCCUCCUCAUGGCCUUGCAGCAUCUUUGUGUAGUGGGCAGCAUCUUCCUCCUUCCUGUUCCUCCCAGCAACAGGUCCCUGCCUGUAGUGUGGUCUUCAGCACUGGACAACACUACCACCCGAUGUUACAGGCGUGUUCAAUGCAGCAUUUGCCAGUUCCCUAUGCCUUUCCCUCACUACUUUCCAGUGACCCCCAGUUCCUGAUUUCUCCCCCAACUCAUCUCUCUCACCACCCACCUCACCUCCCAACACCUGCACAGUUCCUGCCUUUCCAGACGCAACAGCCACGAUCGCCUUUACAGAGAAUCGAAAAUGAGGUCGAUAUUGUGGGAGAGCAGAUCCCAGUUGGUGGAGGCUUCAGCUAUGCACACCACCACCACCACCACCACCACCAUCAUCACCACCAGCCUCCCUCCACCCUGCCGCCCUCCACACCUCUCCAGUUCCUUUCGCACCAUGACCCCCUGUCACAGGAGCUGUUUACAAUGCCCUAUCCCCACUUUAUUCCUCGUCGAUUCACGAGUCGACGUUACCGCUCGCAGCAGGUUUUGCCCCCAUCUCCUUACCACCACAGUUUCCUGCCUUACUUUCUGUCUAUGCUUCCUGUGCCCCCAAAUGUAGCUCCUACAAUUAGUCUAGAGCUGGAUGUGGAUGACGGAGAGGUUGAAAACUACGAGGCCUUGCUGAACCUUGCAGAACGUCUGGGAGAAGCAAAGCCCCGCGGUCUAACCAAGGCAGAUAUAGAACAGCUUCCAUCCUACAGGUUCAACCCCAACAACCACCAAUCUGAACAAACACUAUGUGUGGUAUGCAUGUGCGACUUUGAGUCUCGCCAACUCCUGAGGGUGUUGCCCUGUAAUCAUGAGUUCCACACCAAGUGUGUAGAUAAGUGGCUUAAGGCUAACCGGACCUGCCCUAUCUGUCGAGCCGAUGCCUCUGAGGCCCAGCGGUCCAGUGCUCCAUGAGCCUAGACUUUGUCUCCCAGACACUGAACAGUAACUGUCAUCAGGAAACGAUCAGAAAUGUGGAGAUCUUAUGCUGACUUCUGCUCGCAUUAUCACUGGACUUCUUCACAAGCCUCGUGUUUAUUGAUGGUUCCUCCUCUCCAACUCUGCUGUCUCCUGAUGGUUGCAAACCACUAUGAAUGGCCUUUGAAACACUCAUACUAUGUGGAUGUCUGUGUGCAUAUUUUUUUAUUGUCAUCAUGAGCCCUUCCUAAUUGCUGGGACUUGUUAAUAGAUGAAAAGACUUUUUUUUUUUUUUUUAAAUCUGUAAUUAUACUACACGAGUUAGCCGGUAAAUUGGCAUUCCAAAGAUUAUCCCGAUAAUGCUGGUUUGUAGUUAAGCAUUUGCAUCCUGGUGUGGACAGACUGUCCUUUUUACUGUUUUUCACAUUAUGAUUUAGUGGAAAAGAGACUUUUCUUAAUUUAUUUGAGUUGUUGAUUCAUUGGUGUCAGAUCAGUUUGUGUAGGAUGAAACAAAUUUAAGCUUCACUUUGUCAGUGAGCGCCAUGGAAACAAAAACAAAUCUACUCUUUAAAAAGAUUUUUAUCUGUGUGCAAUUUUAUUUGAGUUUGUGCACCAUGCGGAACAGUGCGUUUACUGUAUUUCUCAGUUUUGUUUACCUCUACAACAAACUGAUUUAGACCCACUGAAGAGCUACAAUACUUUUCAAGUUUCAAAGUUAAGGACCGGUAACACCUCGGAAAGUAAACAGUUCUCAUGUCAUCCUUCUUAGUUCUUGUUUUGUUUUUACCACAAGUUACUGACACAGAACACUGUCUUCCCAUCUGCAUUAUUCCUAUCUGAAAUGAGUAAGGGCUGUAGGCUUUUGAAGGACUUUUUUUCUUCUUUGUUUUCAAAGUAAAUUUUCACCCACACUCACUUCACUGGUUUUCUUGUGGGAAUAAGGCAUGUUAAAAUGUGACUGUCUGUCCUGGUACCUUUCUGUAGGUGUCGACAGGUAUGAAUCCAGUCUUUUAUCCACCAUCCACAGGGGUCAGCUUUAAGAAACCUGUGAGUUCCCAACUAGAUCAAGUAUGUUUCACUGGCCGAUUUAACACUUCUGCACUUUAAUACUUAAAACUCAAGACCUAAACUUACUCUUUCCAGUCUAAACAAACCACAGUUUCAUGAAUCACAGUAUCAACAUAGGUCAACUCAUUCUCUCAUUACGUACCCAUUUAUUUCCAAAUGUACUCAUUUCCUGUAAGACUUGUGUAAGUAUGUCUACUGCUCCAGAUAGACCUUUCAUUAAACACAAGCCAGGUUUCAAUUUUCAAAUACCGCCCCCCCCAAUUUAUUUUAUUCCUAGAUGACAUAUGAGCACAGAUCAGUAUGGACUGCUUGACCAGAGUGUGCUGUGAAAUGCUUAAAGAUGGCUUUUAAAUAAAUGCAAUUUCUACAGGUUACUGCCAUCAUUACCAACAAUACAUUUGUUCAAAAGAGAUUUUUAUUUUCCAGAAAGUGCAAAUAAACAAAUGCAUCAAUGUCUGAGAAGAUAAAUAUUUAAAUAAAGUUAUCUUCAGCAUUGUCUGUGUAUAAAAUCAUGUAUUAGCCUUGGAAAUAAAUGGAAAUGGUCUUUCCUGUCA